AUGCCAGAACGACGCGGUGAUGAUCAGUCGUCUAUUGGGAUAGGAAGCUUGAUGGAAGCGAGACAACCUGCACCAGCGAUCAUGGAUGUAGAGUCCUUGAAGCAUGAAAUUCCUUCGGAAAGUCAGCUGGUGCUUCUUUCGUUAGACUACCUCAGAGAUCUUCGCCGUGCUUAUGCUAGCCCUAAGGACUUGCUAGAGUCAGAAGGCUUACAUGCCGACUGGUUAACGCUCGCCAUUUACGCACUUAAUAGAUCUUUUGCCAACCCAGCCUCUUUGGCGAAGCAGAAUGAUGCCUGGAAAGACCCAGAAGGACUUCCAUACGCCGCCAAAGCUCUCGAUACAACAAAAUUGCCACCCAUUGAAAAGAUGACAAGCGAGAUUUGCCAUACCGAAAACCCUUAUGCUGAAGAUGAAGACGAAGAAGGCCGACCUUACGACGCAGAAUUGGAGUCGUACGCUUGGUAUGAUUAUGAUGACAGCAACCCAGCCAAUGCCCAUCGAUUCUAUGCGCUUAAUGGUCUCGCGAGUGGAGCAGCUGGACCACUGAUGCUUGGGGAGAUUGCAGCUGCUGGAUUGUCCCACAUGCAGGCUCGUCCCCGUCAAGCUGCCGAAAAAGACAUGAUUGCAUCCCCGUUAUUUGAACAAUUCGUGGAGACAGUGAAGUCCAAGGGUUUCUUUGAAACUGGAAAUGACAUCCCUCGUGAUGAUCCUGUGGAGGAAAAGGAACGUAUUUUGAAGAAGAAGCAGCUCUACAACGAGCGCUACCAAAAAGCUGUUGCCAAAUUUAGAACCAAACUGGCUGCAAAAGCACAAGCUCAACUCCCUGAUACUACAUUGUCAGAUCACCAUCAUUCUCGCAGAAUCAGACGAUGCCUUGCUGUUCGAAAGGACAGAAGCAAUGGAAAUAAUUCUACAACAGAUCCUGAUACCAUUGUCACUCACCUUUCGAAGCAAGUUGAUCGAUACGGACCAAAAACGCCUACAAAGAACAACCCUGUUGAUCUGGACGAGGCAGAGCGGUAUAAGGCCCUUGGAAAUGCAUACAUGCAGAAGAAGGAAUACGAUUCAGCGGCUGACUGUUACACCAAGGCCCUUAAGAUCUGUCCAGCUGGACCUAGCUCACAUGUUUACUUCAGCAAUCGUGCAGCAGCUCUGUUGAGUAUGAAAAUGUUCAAGGACGCCAUCGCCGAUAGCGAACGCGCCCUUGCGUUGGUACCAGACUACGCCAAGGCACAUGCACGUCUUGGCUUGGCUCACUACUUGCGUCAAGACUAUCGCCAAGCUAUGGAAGCAUACACGGUUGCACUAAAGUACGAACCCGACAACAAGUCAUCCAAGGCUUACUUGGAAAAGGCUGCACGAAAACUCGCCGCUUCCGAAGACGAUCAUCUAACACAGGGCUCGAACCACAAUGGAGCAAGUUUUUCAGUCGUAUCAGAGUGGGACAAGUCCUCCAAGGCUUCAAAGCCUUCCACUGCGCCCUCAGAUUCUACCCUUAGGGAACAGAAGGAGGCAGAAAAGAACAAGAUUCGAGGAAACUCAUUCAUGGCUAACCGCGAAUACAGCAAAGCACUCGAUGCAUACAGCACUGCCAUCAAACUAAGUCGAGAUGGACCGCAAGCGCAUGUAUACUUUGCCAACAGAUCUGCUGCGCUGUGUUAUCUAGAACGUUACUCAGAAGCAGCUAAGGAUGCCGAGCAGAGUUUGCGUAUGAAACCCACAUAUGGCAAAGCCCAUUCCCGCCUUGGAUUGGCACGAUUCUUUUUGAAUGAUUUUGAAGGCUCCAUCAAGUCCUACAAGGCAGCAAUUCAAAUUGAUCCAAGCAACGAAGCUGCGCGAUCAUAUCUAGCGAAGGCUGAACUCAAACUUGCUCAGCAAAAAAAUGAAACAGCCCCCAUACCGAUCGGUGAAGAAGCAAGAAAACUGUUGGGUGAUCCUGACAUGAUGCUCAUGGCCAAGAAGGCUAUGUCCAAAGAUUCAGGUGCAAAGUUAAUGGAAGAUCCAGAGAUGAUGAAGAUUGCGAAAAAGGCAGUCUCGAAUCCCACCAUGAUGAAUGCCAUGAUGGCAGCACAAAAAUUCAACGAAUAA